AUGACAACCCUGGUUGAAGCACUCCAACGCAAGUUCAAAGCUCUGGUUUCUGACGAAAUCACACCAGAAUGUAAACUGAAAUUGACUCCACGCGCAGGUGGAGCUCCUUCAAUUUGCACACGCGAAAUUGCAUUGGAUCAUCUGGAAAUCACCAGUAUAGGCGAUCCUAAGGAGAUGAUCCAUAUUUUUGACAACGUUCGAGAGUUGGAUAUAUCGACCAAUCGUAUUCGUUUCUGCUACAAUCCUUUGCAAUUUUCCACACUCUUCUGCGAAACCGGAGAAAUUGAUGAAGUAACAGUCCGGAAAGCCGAAUUCCCUACGCCUUCCUCUUCAUUUCCUUCAGAUAUUGCUAUCAACUCCCAACACAGCAAUUCUGACAACGUUGGCAUCAAUUUACUUGAUGAAAUUUCCUUCUGUGAGGAGGAGAGAAAUGAUUUGGUAGCACAUGAUAAACAAAUCCUCGAAGCGCCGGACUUAUCCACAUCCUGCCUUUCAUACCACUUGAACACACUCUUACUAAAUUCUACACGAGUUCCCUGGAAAAGAGUCCUUCUUCUGUUGAAUUACCUUCCCAACCUGACAACCUUGCACGCAGCUCUCAAUGACUACUCCUGCUGCUGCGCUCGUGACACCCAAUCCAAGUCUCUCGCCUGUUUCCCUCAACUACUGCAUCUCUACUUCUCGGAAAACCGUCUAGACUCUUGGUCUGACGUUUGCUGUCUUGGUGGGCACUUUCCACGACUUCAGCAUCUCGUGCUUCUACGGAAUCCCCUGCAGGUAGUUCCACCAUUGUUGGAGGGGAAGGAGGAGACGCCCUUUGCGUGUCUAGAGGACUUGAAUCUCAUGGAGACAAGGCUUGAUGCGUGGGAGAGUGUAGAUGCACUGACUCAGUGGUUCCCAGCGUUGAAGUCUUUGCGAUUAGGGAAGGAUAUACCUCUACUCCAGGGCUGUGAUGCGCAGAUCUUCCGCUGCGAUGUAAUCUCACGAAUUCCCACGCUCACCUCCUACAACAUCACACCCAUUACCGAGGAUGAAAGGGAGCGGGCAGAGCGCGAUUUUGUCCGCCGAUUUGGCCAAAUGGACGAGGGACAGCGACCGAAAAGAUUCUGGGAGUUGAAGAGUCUUCACGGCUACGUCGCUCCUCUCGUUUCUGUGAACCUUUCUCCCAAAAGGAAGGUUCGGCUGCGCAUUCAACUCGAUGAUCAGGAACUCUUAAAUAUCCGCUCACGGAGCGUAUAUUCGUCCUUCCAGAAGUGGCACUCCUGUUGCCUGCGCCAGUCAAUCGCGCGCCUUCGUCACGAGGUGUGCAGCCUCUUUGGCCUCUCGGCUCAGGAGGCUAGGGCGACUCGACUGGUCUACUUCGAUGCGGGUAUCGUGGCGGCUCAGGGACCCGAGGAAAUGCGACACCUUGCACGUCUCCUCUACACUUACCAUCCCAACGAGGGAGACACCCUCUUAAUCACACGACGUUCAUGA